GUCCGCUGCCGCCGUUUUUCGCGUAACCGUCGAGCCGCCGCCACCGCCGUCAGUUCGUCCCGGCCCGUCGUCCCUGUCGCGCGCGCCGCCACCGACGACGACGACGACGACGACGACGACUCUUCAUCCAUUAAAUAUCACACACAUUUCGCCGCCACCGAAAUCGUCACAGUGACCGAUGGCCAAGCCCAGUGCGCUAAGCCCGCGCCGGGCGCACUGCACGCUCAACUGUUACACUUGCAACAACAUACUGCAACAGCGGUACAGACACAAAAUCGUGGAUAGCGUGAAGAGCAAGGAAAAAUGUCUAAGGCCAAGUGUAGCGGAUUUAAGCUGUGACGAAGAGGUGGGUGUGCUAAUGAAACGAUGCUGGACCGAAGACCCCGCCGACCGACCUGAUUUCACCACACUCAAAGCAGUCAUACGGAAAUUAAACAAGGACUACGAAAGCAACAAUAUUCUUGACAACUUGUUAUCUCGCAUGGAGCAGUAUGCCAACAAUCUAGAAGCGUUGGUCGAAGAAAGGACUGCAGACUAUUUGGAAGAAAAAAGAAAAUGCGAAGAACUACUGUAUCAAUUGCUUCCAAAGUCUGUUGCUAGUCAGUUGAUUUUGGGACAAUCAGUGGUGGCUGAAACUUAUGACAACGUGACAAUUUACUUCAGCGACAUCGUAGGUUUCACGUCUCUGAGCGCCGAGAGCACUCCACUCCAAGUGGUAGAUCUGCUCAACGAUCUUUACACGUGUUUCGAUUCUAUAAUAGAGAAUUUCGACGUGUACAAGGUAGAAACCAUCGGUGACGCGUACAUGGUCGUGUCCGGACUUCCGGUUCGCAACGGAAACUUACACGCCCGCGAGAUAGCCCGAAUGUCACUCGCUCUGCGAUCAGCCGUUCACAGUUUCACCAUCAAACACAGACCAGACGAUCAACUCAAGUUGCGUAUCGGCAUGCACACUGGACCUUGUGUGACCGGAGUGGUCGGACUUAAAAUGCCGAGAUACUGUUUAUUUGGAGACACGGUCAACACAGCCUCGAGAAUGGAAUCCAACGGACAAGCGUUGAAAAUCCACGUGAGCCCGCAAACAAAAGAAGUGCUCGACACGUUUGGCACGUUCGACUUGGAACUCAGAGGCGAAAUCGAGAUGAAGGGAAAAGGAAAAGUUACGACGUACUGGCUGUUGGGCGAGAAGACUCCAACCACCGAAAUGGCACCUGUGCUUCCGGUGAAACCGAUCGGAUCGUUUUCGAAAUUGCACGCCGCCAACAGCGUCGGGUCAUCGUCUACCAAGUCCGUGGCCAACAGCAUAGCCAACCACAACAAUAUCAGCGCGUCCACGCCGCUCUUGCAAGGCGACAACGGUUAAGAAGAUUCGUCCGAUUUAGUAUUAUUUUUUUAAAAUUUUUUUUUUUUAUAUAUACGUACAUAAAAAUAAUUAUAUUAUUACUAUAGUCACUCAGGAAAACAACCGUCACCCCUCUUCCCCUCUUCCCCUCUCCAUAAACCAUCUACGCCACUUCACCCGCCCUGCAACAACGAUCGCUACUGAUCCACUCUCGUUUAUUCAAACGGUAAUAUGUACGCAAUACGCAUAAGUACUUCCUGUAUAUUAUUAUACUGUCUGCUGCAGUCUAAAACUUUCCUUCUCGAUCGCAAACCCCUCCCCGUUCGUCGUCCUUUCGCACUCACCCGCAGUCACGAUUUUCGUCACAUACGCACGUCGUAGGUACCUACGUAAACGUUCUGCAGACUACCUAUGUAAUAUAAUAAUAUUGUAACAAUCAUAAUAUUAUCGUCUGUCGCGACGAGAGUCGGCAUCGACGACAGACGGUUUAAUGUAUAUAUAUAUAUAUAUAUAGGUACCUAUAUUAUACUCGUAUAUAGAUAAGUCGCAGAUAAACGAAAAUCGAUAGCAAAAGCAUUUCACCAUUGGCGCGUAGAGACGAUAGUACCACGGCGUUAUGACGAGUCGACGCUCGUACUCCUUAGUCAAGUUAGAGUCAGACCAUCUCUCACGACGAUACGUAAAUAAUAAUAAUAUAUAAUAUAUCGUAUGAAAUGGACCGAUGACGACUGCCGUUGGUCUCUCCUUGCACAGCAGCCGUCCAGACCAAAAUAUUGCCAAUUCAAAAAAUGUUGUAAAUACUAGGGGUAUACCUACUAAAUAAAAUGUAUUCCGCGGCAGGAUGAUAAUAAUAUUGUACAGCUCACGUGAUCAAGUCCGGUCGUGCGAUGUGCGCAGCUGCAUGUAGUGUAAUAUUAUAAUAUCAUACGAUAUUAAAUUGCGAAAUAACGUGGUUGUGUGCGUGUGUGUGGGGAGUUGAUGUUAGUACGAUGAAUGGGUGGUUUGAGGGGAGGAGGUCUCUGUGUUUAGGGAUAUGGUGAGCGUGUGGAUACGAGGUGAUCGUAAAAUGCAUAAUAUUAUAGUAGUAUUGUACGGUAUGACUGUGGGUGUCUGCAACACGACACAACGACAGAAAAUCGAACGGCAACGUCGCGACCAGAGGAUGACGACGAUAAUUAUUAUUAUUAUUGUACCUACCGCGGGCGAAUCGACAGACGAUGUGUAUAAUACGUAGGUUACCUUACUACCCGUUUUAAGUAACCAUCAGUACCGUGAUGAAUUGUUUUAGGUGCGUGCAAUGUGGUUGUAGCAGCAUAAUAAUAUCCGCGGUGGUGCUGUGAUUGUUGGGGGGGGAGGGGUUAAUCGUAAGUACGGCACACUUUGGCAGUAAAUAUGCAUUAUCGUCAUUCGUUGUAAUAAUCCCAUUCAGAAUCGUAAUUACCUCUACCCAUAUUAUUAUGGACAUAACUAUAUAAACACGUGUAGUUACGUGAGCAUGAUAACAUAUUGUGAGUAUACCUACCUGUAAGAUCAUGAUACCACUGCUGCAGGAACGAAGACAACCAUGAUUGGUCUCGUGAUUGAAGUCGGUGGUUAUGAGGGAAAAGUGUUCGUAAACAAUAAAAAAAACUUCCCCGUCCCAGGCGUUAUAAUUGUCACAAAUCCUAAUUUAUAAUAUUGUAUAUUAUAAUAAUAGGAUUAGAUAAUAUAAUAUUAUGUACGUUGGCGAGCGGGAGGAAUAAUAUUGUCAGACUAUGGAUAAUGUUAGGUAUAUGACGACAUAUUAUUAUUGUUAUUAUUAUAUUAGAUUUCAAUAUUUUCUCUUUGUGGCAUGCAAGAUUACACACUUUCAUUGUACUUAAAAGUAAUUUAUAUUCCCAUUUUAUAAAAAUAUCAUAUUAGGUAUAUUAUAAUAAAUCAAGUAGAUAAGAUUUUAAUAACAUAUAUUAUAGGUGCCCGCGAUCUAGGCAUAUUGAUACGUUCAGAUAAACAGCAGACCCUGUGAUAGGUACACGACUACACAAGUACUGUAAUUCCUGACUACCGUUCCUAAAGUUGUGAAGACAAGCUAGUUAAAAAUUCAAAAGUGUAGUAGGAAAUAUUUUUUUCUGUAAAUUGUAUUUCAAUUACUUAUUGAUCAAAAAAAUAAUUUACACAAAAAAUAAAAAUAAAGCGUCUAAAAUAUAAUUAAUAUGUUUAUGUUUUGUUAUGUAAUACCUACAAAUUGUUUUAAUUAAACGCUUUGUUAUUUUACCAAAUACAGACAGUUUCGUUAAAAAAAGAUUAGCAAAAAAAGAAAUAGGUUUCAUAAAAAAUAAUUCGCAGUCUGGGAAUCGUCAGGUUAUUUACUCUGAUGCAGUUACAUAUAGGUAUUAACAUUAAGUAUUAAAAUAAUAUUUUACAACACAAUUGUUUUUUCACCCAUUCAGUUCCUAACGAGUAACAGUAACUCGAAUAAAAAAAAAGAAAGAAAAGUGUACGACCUGACUACCAAACUGCGAACCAAACUGAACAUAGUUCAUAUUAUUUUUCUAAAAGCGUAAUAACCGAACUAUAUACGGUUAUUAGAUUUCAUUUUCAUAUCGUAAAAUAACUUUUAACCAAUGCUCUCGAAAAGAAAACGAAAAAAAAUUUAAAAAAAUGAACUCGCCUGAGCUUCGUCAAAGCCUUGCUCGUUUUUCCACACGUAUAGGUGCGAACCUAUAAAAUAAAUACCUAAUGCUUCAAGGUAGGUAGAUAAUAUGACGUCGUCGUGCGUCCAAUCAUCAUUAUUUACUUAAUAGUAAUUAUAAAAUAUAACGAUACAUAAAUAUGGUACCUAUAUCAUAGACCUGCAGCUCGUACAAAUAAAGAUAGGAUUGGGUGCUGUUUUUUUUCUUUCAAUAAAACGCUAAUUUUAUUCACGGACACCGACGGUUGUUAGUACCACCUGUAAAGAUUUCCUUCCCGUGGGUCUUACACAUUUCAUAAUAUUUCGAUCGCGUCGAUGUUGUUGUUAUUGUUAUUAUUAUGUAGGUAUGCAAUGGUGGUAACGAGUAGACUAUUUAAUUUUAAAAAAAAAAACCAUAGAAGCAUGCCAAUUAUUGUUAUUAUUAUAAUAUUAUGUUAUUGAAAUUAAAUUAUUUUGUAAAACGGUUCGUCGUUGCGCGAUAGGGUCGUAUAGAUACCAAAAACAACGGCGGCGGAGUGUUAUAGUUCUGCACCAUAAUAUAUAUAAAUACUAUGUGUUAUUGAAGUUAAUUUAUCGAUGAGAUACGUAGGAAAGUUGUAGGUAUUUAGUAUUUUUGAUACGUAUUUGAUCGUUCUUGUAAUAUAAUAUAAGAGACUCUCUCUGUCUCGUCCCUCCUCUUCCUCCCUCUCCCAUCAUUUUAUACAAUUUGUUUUAAUGUCUAAUAAUAUUUACAUUUUACAUUAGUGACGCGUACCAUUUUCAUUCGUAUUACAUAGUAUUAUAUAAUAAUAUUAUCGGUACGCUUUUUGUUUUAGUAAUAAUAAUAAAAAUAAAAAAAUAAUCCAUACGUUUUAAGUAUGAGUCUAUAUAUAUACUAUGAUAUUAUUAUUAUUAUGUAUAAAGUUAAAUAUUAUUAUAAUACCAAUGUUAUAUUAUAAUAACAUUUUACCUAUUCGUUUUCAGCAACGUGUAAGCUGUGUACAUUCGAUGUGAUUGCAUUAUUAAUAAUAAUAAUAUGAGUUAGUGAUUAAUAUUACUUUAUUAUGUUGUGUUUUUUUUUCACACUAACAAUACUUUUGUGGGUACUUCCCAAAAAAUAUUUUACGUGUACAAUAAUAUCGACAUUAUGUCGAACCAAUGGUAAACUAAGUACUGUAUGCUGCACGUGUUGCAAAUAGACAUGCUUAAGCUUAACGUUUUAACAGUUAUUUUUUUCCUCGAGCAAAAUAUUCAAGUGUGACAAAUAUUGUCCUGAGUUUUUUUUCAAAACCAUUCUAGUAAUCGCAUUAAUAGGUCCGUGACUAUAAUACGGCCCAGCUAGAAAACUCAAAAUGAUUACAAUAUAUUAUACAGACUCCUUGGAGUUUUAAGACAAUCAUAAUCAA